GUCUGCAUGGCAGUCAUCAUAGUGCACCAAGCCAUCAACAUGGCCAAGGUGGCAGACUGCCGGCCUGAGAACGGCGCAGAGAUAUUCUACAUUGUCAUGUUGGUAUUUGACGUAUCAAUGCAAGGUGUUUUCAUUCUGAGUCAGGUAGUCGUUGAUAGAUACUUUGGAAGGAAACAGACCACAAUUCGCAGCAUCGUUUUGUUUUUCAUCGGUAUGUACAACUUCAUCAUGUGGACACACAACAUUGCCGAUGCGGUUUGUCGUUACGAAAUCGAUAACUCAGCCAUUGUGGGUUAUCAGAUUUGGGAAUUCUUUGAUCCAAUACUUGGAUCAGCAGCCGUAUUCUUCAGAAUUUUGUCAGGUUGUCUAUAUAUUUCUUUUGCUGUGUUUUCAAAUGACGCUCCAGAAGAUCACAAGGCUGGCAAACCCUUCCUUCGUUCUACGUCAGUAGAUGCAAAUAGUCCCAUUGAUGACGAAGUUAAGGAAAAUACUGUUGGUAUAACUGAGUUUAUGAUGAGCAACCGAAAAGUCCGAAAACAAACUUUGACAAUUUUUAAUGAGCCUGGAGCCACGGUAACAGACUUUUAUUACUCUGCACAAAAUGACCGCUUUUAUCGCAACACUAUUCGAAGCUAUUACGGGUCAGUGCUAGCCUUUCUAUUGAUAGUCGUUCCUUUCGUUGCUUAUGACGCACUCGCACGUCAUGCCGGAAAGAAACAGGAAAGCCAAAAGAAAUAUGCCGUGGAAAUUGCCAUAAAUAUCUUAUUGAUUGGAUUCAACGGAUGGUUCAUCAUUAAUGGCCUUCUGAAUGCGGAGUGUGUAAAACGAUUAUUUCGUUGUAUAAAACCGGCAAAUUCAGAUGAAGACAGCAAGUCGAAUAAUGCAAGACGUGCAGAGUGUGAGAAAUCAGGUUGUAGUGGAUUUGAAACGUGUGGCAUCUGUCACUCUUGCAAAUUUCAUUGCAAAGGAGUUCAACGGUUUUUGCACACGGUGGAGCAAACUAACGUAGAAAUUCCGGUUUUUUUCAUUUUCACUAUUUUUUCUCUUGUCUUUUACAUAGCACUGGCUGUAAUAGAAGACGGAGGCGAUCUCGCAGCAGAUAUCAUGGGAAUUUUUGCAGUCAUUCUGCAGUCUGUGUUUGUCUUCUGGACAGCUCUUGUUCACAAUCCCUUGAAAUUGUUACGACUUGGAAACCAUCAUCAUAGCUUCAAUUCCUUCUUGUUAUCUUUACUGUUUGCCACUACUGUGGGAUCGUUAGUCGUCGACAUAGAGAGAGAGCAUUUGGACUAUGAGGUUCACGAUAAAUGGUACCUUAGGGUGUUAGCGCCUUUGCUGGUUGACUUUCGAGUUCACGCUACUAUUCUAACGUAUAGCGUGCUGACAGAAUUUCUUCAGCAACGACUUACUGAACAUGAAAUUGAAAAGAAGGAAAUAUUCGAACGAGUCCACAAUGUGAAAUCAUUGGCAGACGGAUCUAAGUGUUACAGGCCGGGAUGCAAAAUGCUUUACUACAAAGAGAAGGACGACGUCUUCUGGAAAUGCGCAAAAGGCAGCUGUCAAUCUGAGCCUUACUGCAGCGAUUGCUUUAAGAAGUUGAUCGUAAAAGUUGGCUUUUGUCCAACUUGUAGAGACUCUGUAACGUGUAAGUCAAACGUGAAUUCUUCUGACGUCAAUGAGAAUAAGGAUUCCACACACGUUGAUUUCGGACUAGGGACUAAGUCUCAUGAAGAGAAAAACAGCAAGGAACAAUCGUGUCUUGAUUGACUGUUACAAUAAUUCUUUCAUCUCAUCAGAUGGUAUUUCCUAUAAUACAGUGUAUAGUGCAUGGCAGUGCUUAAUUAACCUAACAUAUGGGUGCAUUUGCAAUCCUUGUAAUAGUUAUGAAAUAUUGCUAUUUCGUUUUUCAGUCAACAACUUCCUGUCAACACAUUGUUUUGGA